AUGCCUGUGCGGAUUGCCCAUGGCUGGGCCAUCGCUUGGUUGGACUUCUAUCAGACCCCGGCCAUCGUAACGGAAGGCGCCUUCUCAGAGGUGAAGGGCUUUUUCAAGGAGCUGACUCGACCCAAGGAGAACUUCCCUCACAACCAUGUGAACCCUCAGACCAAGGAGAUCAACCGUUUGGGCCGCCCACGCCAGUAUGCCGAGCCCGGUGACACUUGGGCGUUUGCCGGCUGCAGCUAA